CUCAUUUCUUCUCUCUGGCUAUACACAAAACAUUCGUCGCGUUCAGUGAACGUGAGAACUUGAGAACAGUUGAGAGAAACAACGAGCUGAGACUAGGGGGAUACAACCAAGUUCGUCGACUUUUGAACAAUAGGAAAGAUAAUAUUGACGUAAUCGCUGUGAUCGUGAGACAAAAGGAAAGCCGGGGAAUACAUGGAGUGUGGAAUAAUUUUUGAUAAGAUAGCGGAAGCGAACCCUUUUUACGAUUUGGAUCCAGUUUAAAGGGUCGCAGAACAUUCGAGUAUGAUAAGUCAAACGUCGGAGGAGGUGAUCACGUCCGCGGCAACAAGCGCGACGAGAACGUCGAACCAAGACACGAAAUCGCGUAAACUGAACGCGAAUGCAUUGAAUUUGUUCUGGUGGCGUGAUUCACAACGUGAAAAGAAAGAAGACCUGGUAGAAGUGACAAUCGUCAAGAGAAAAACGAGGGAUGCAUUCUCGAAUAGAAUGUCCGACUUCUUCAAGAACAUCAAGAAACACGUGAGGAUAAGAAAGCGUAAAUCCCAGCAGAGGAGGGAGGUUGAAACACCUAGCUUGCAAAACGAUGCGAACUCUGACCUGCUGACAUCUCAAAACAACGGACUUACGGCCUCUUUGGAAGAGAACAAUGUAUCUGACUUAAGAAAUGAGGAUCCUGCCAGGAAUACAAGUGUCCAAAGUAGUAACGAAACUUUGACUGCCACUGAAAUAUCGGAGAACCAAAAUGAAACUGCACAAAGUUAUUCUGAUAUAGAAAAUAAAUUAGAAGUAGUUGACGCACAGAUUACUGAUAAUGAUAUUAAAAUUAAUUUUGACAAUGUUUCUGACCUAAGUCAAUCAUGUUCCAAUGAUAAGAGGCAACAAUCAGAAAGAACAGUAGAAGAUAAUGCAACAGAAUCUCAAAUUGAAAGAUUUGAAGAGAAUACAGACGCUAAUACGAGUAAUGAGAACAAAGUAAAAGCUAGCCUUACGAAAGAAUUACUUAAGUUAAGUAACUAUGGAUGGUACUGGGGUCCAAUAUCAGGCACUGAAGCUGAUGCCAAACUUAUAUCUGAACCAGAUGGUGCAUUUUUAGUCAGGGACUCUUCAGAUGACAGAUAUGUCCUAACUCUAAGUUUUAAAUCAUCUGGUAAACUUCUCCAUACCCGCAUGGAACACAGCGGUGGUCUGUUUUCUUUAUGCAACCAAAGUGAUGGUGAAGCAUUUAGUUCCGUGGCUGAUUUAAUUGACUACUCUAUAAAUUUUAGUCAAACGGCAGUAUUUUGCUAUGCGCAACCUAGAUAUCCCGGUUAUCCAUCUUUCCCAGUUAGACUGACGAAGCCGGUGAGCAGGUUUACCCAGGUUCGAAGUUUGCAAUAUCUUUGUCGUUUCGUUAUACGUCAAAAUACUAGACUAGACAAUAUACAUAAACUGCCUUUACCAAAAACAAUCAAGGGUUACAUCGAAGAAGCUUAUUAUUAAUAGAUAUUAAAAGUCGUUAAAAUAUUUGUAGUGAUGCGAAGAGUUUUAUGAUAUUAAUAAUAUGGGUUUCAAAGUAAUAGAUCGUUUACAUUGUAUAGCAGUAACUUAUUCAGAAUUUCUGAGUCAUGAAAGAUAAGAUAGAGCUUUAUUUUAUAAAAAUGAAAUUACUCAUCGUCAAUACAAUUCAUUAAAGAAAAAAGAUUUUAUUGAUAAGGAAGAUCGUCAAAGAUAGUUCUUUGCGUCUUAAAAUAUGUACGUUAUAGUUUUGAAUCUAAUUCGAAGUUUAAUCAAUUCGUGAGUUACUUGGCUGUGUAAAUAUAUUUUUUAUAAUCAUCUCCUGCUCAAUAUGAUAAGGUAAUUCUCCUCGUUUAAUGGAGGCACAAGAUAAUCUUGUAUAAAAAUAAAAGACUACUGUUUUAACCUUUAUAUCUCGCACCGAAGUAAGUCACGUUAGAUUCAACCGCAACUUGUACAGAAUUUGUUAAAAUAUGGUACUGAAAUAAAUUAGCCAUCGUUGUUAAUUCA